AGGAAAAUUUGAAGUAAUAACCAGAGAUGAAAUCAUGAUAGCUUCUGGAAUUAUUCGAUUAGAAGAAAAUAGGAAGAAAUAUAUUAAUGAAAACAUUUUAAUAAAAGAAGAAAUAAAAAUUUUCGACGAACAAAAUAUUUACUCGAAUCUUCUUUUACAUGGUUACCAAUAUGAAGAAUCUUACAAUAUUAUUAGCGGACUCUCUACAUCGUGUUCUAAUGGAACGCUUAAAUGGAGCAGAGACUGGGAGUUAUUACUAGAAGGAUUAGUUCAAGUCCAUAUUAUCAGCAGUAGGAAUAAAAAUAUGUUGGUACCGAGUAAGAUACAAAAACUCGUCAUUGACAUGGCACAAUUAACAGCAAAAAUGAAAGAAAACAAUACAUUACCGAUGAAGUUUGACAAACGGGUAAAYGUAAUAGCUUGCCCCGGAAUUGAAAUGAGUGGAAUUCAGUUUAAAGAAAUAAUAUUUAAACACAGGAAUGGGAAAAUUGUUGCUGAUGAGCUUCGAUUUAUCCAGAAUAUCAAUGAAACAAAUAUGAAUAUCAGCGACAUAUUAAACGUUGUACUAGGAUUAAUUUUAAAAAAUAGUACAGAAAAGAUAUUAGUAACAAAUGAGUCAAAAAACAAAAAUGAAAAUAUUUUAGAAUUUCUCAAUAAUAUCAUACAACGGAUGAGGAAAAACCUUAAUAUAAAAUUAAUUACGAGAGAGUUGCUUUACCAGAAAUUAGAUGAAAAUUUUAUUUUGACGAUUAUAAAUAACGCGCAUUAUAACGAUGUAAGAAAACUUAUUAGCACUCUCGGUAAAGAAUCAUAUUUAUUAACAAUCGUUGAAACGAAAGAAGAAUAUAAUGCGAUUUCUAUAUUGACAAGUGUGGGAUUAAACGUCGUCCUAAGGAUAAAAAUUGCUAACUGUCGUACAGCUCUACUUUUACAUAAAGAAAAAAACGUAGGAAAAACUGUUGUCGUUUAUAGCCAAGAAAACUGUUUGGAUCGGUUAAGAAUCUGUUUACGAGACUUGAAAUGUGAAAAUGUGUUAGCGCCAAAUGGGGUAUGGGGUACAUACAGAUGGAUGCCAUUGCAAGCAAAGUCUACUUCUCCUUCGCGUUGGCAAGCUAAAAUUGAUAAAUCAGGCUCAUUAGUAUGGGUAGAAGAGAUGCCAUUGAUUAAAGAAAAAAAUAGAAGUAUCGUUAAAGUAGAAUUUGCUUCAUUUGACUUAAAUGGUUAUGAAUACUGUUUAAAAAAUGACGUGAGCUUAGAAUCACAGAUAUCUCUUACAGAAUAUUCAGGAACAGAUGAAAAUGGUCUUAGAGUAAUGGGACUUGUUGAUAAUUUAACUAUAAGUAAUGAAAUUUUACCUGAUUCAGAUUUCACUUGGAUUAUUCCURAAACUUUAAGCUUUGAAGAAGCAGCAACGAUUCCCCAUGCUUAUUUGGCAGCUUUCUGCAUUUUGCAUUUGGAUACUUGGAGGUUUAAACGAAUUAAAACUGUAUUAAUACAUUAUGGUGCUAGCGACGUAGGACAGGCUCUCAUAAAUUUAUCCUUAUUUUAUAAUUUURAUGUUUACACUACCUACGAAACGGAUGCAGAAAAACGAGUGAUCGAGUCAAUGCGACCAUGUUUACCACAGUCUAAUAUUUUCAAUGUUAAAAAUUAUAAAAUUGAUAGUAUGAUUAUUACUAAAGGCAAAGGUUUUGAUUUUGUAGUUGCUAGCUAUUCCAUCUUAGACGAUAUGGAAUUUUGUUUGGACAUUGUUAAAGAUUUUAAACAUUUGGUAAUGAUUUACGAUUUUAAAGAGCCUAGUUACAAUCCAUGUCCACUGUCUAAUUUUACACGGUUCAUAAGUGUAUAUAGCUGCUGCUUACAAGACCUUAUUAAGUUACCACAAGGAGAAAAGAGAGAAUUAGCGGAAUUGAUGAGAAAAGCUCUACAAACGGGUAUAAUAAAACCAAUUAUAUCACGAAGAAUUAUGAUUCAAGGAGCAACAGAAGAAGGAAAAAUUGAGACUUGUGAACGUUACGGAAAGGUUUUGAUACACUUGCAAGAAGAAAAAAUAAUCUCUAAUUUCAUUCCUCAACUUUUCUUCCAUAGUGAUAAAUGCUAUCUUGUCCUUAACGGUUUCAAUAUCUUUGGCAAAGUACUGAUCGAAUGGAUGAUCGAACAAGGAGCUAGAAAACUAAUCAUAGUUUCUAAUAUGUCAAUACAAGGUCACGAAAACUCUGUCCUUAAAUGGCAAGAAAAUGGAGCAACGGUCAUUGUCCGACAUGAAGUGGACCUAAGCAAAGCCGCAAGCUUUGACAAAUUACUGAAAGAAGCUUUUACUAUAGGUCAACUUGAUGGUAUAUUCGAUCUACAGAGAACGAAGAUGGAUUCGUCAAGUUCUUCCUCAAAGUACUUCAAAGUUACUCAAUUACUUGAUAAACAUAGCAGAAAGCUAUGUUCGUCACGUAUGAAAUUCUUUAUUUUCUCUUCGCUCAACUUGGACGAAGAUGGCUUAAGAGACCCUAAUAUAGAAAAAUUAUGCACAAAAAGAAAGGAAUCUGGCCAUCAUGGGUUAUUUAUUUUAUUGCCUAAUUUUGUAGAAAACACACUAACUGAGACUGAAUUCAAAAAUGUAUAUUACACAAAAAUGUCAUUGYUUUUAAAACGACUAAAUGCUAUACUCUGCACAGACUCUUCAGUARUCGCUGUUCGUCAUAUCAUUGUAGAUAAUUCUGUAAAUGGCAACGAGAAAAAUAUUGUUGCUGAAGAGACCGACAAGAAG